UCUACUACUAAUUUAAGCAGUCUCCGUAAUACAUGCUUGAAGUGCUAAUGCAUUAAUUUAUAGAACACAGUAUUACCAUAACUGAUUUAUUUUCAUUAUUUAUUUCCAUAAACCUAUCUACAAUGUAUAGUAAGUAAAUUACAUACAGUUAUGACAAUGCUAGUAUGACUGUUCUAUACAACCUAAUUUGGCGGCUUGAAUUCUUCUGUUAGGUCAAGCACUCCACAGCCGACUUUUUUCGCCGUUUAUUGUAUUGAAACCUGCAUAUCUGUUCGGGUGGGAAAAACUGUUCUAUACAACAAUUUGCAUGACCCCAAAGGCGUUAUGCAUAUUUUGGAACUGCUGCUUUUGUAUUGAGAUCCGGAAUGCCAUUGAGAAACCUUUAAGUGCCAAUGGAACCUGCAGGUUCUUCAUGACUUACCAUGGAAUGCAGUAUUUCUUACAAACAGCAGUACAUCAAGGUAUCGACCAGAAAAAGAGAGGCCAUGGUUAUAUGAAAUUCAGAUUGCGACCAUCAACUAAACUGAUCAACAAAAUUUGCAGUAACAAACAUGGUCAUAAGAUUACCUCUUUGUCAUGGAAGAGGCAUUUGCGCGACUUGAUAGAAUUGGUAACAACACGAUCGGGGAUCAAAUAGGUUCAAACGCACCGCAAUUUGAUUGCACAUUUCAGCCGCAUUGGUGAAAGUUCAUUGGCAGUGAUGAACAAAUCCGCCAUAGUUUCAGAAUCUUGAAUAUGAGUAUCGCACCUAGUUUCAGAAUCAUGGUAUAAAGCCAUAUUUAUAGCCUGUCAAUGGUAAUGAAUCGGGAACCAAAGCUCAUAAUAACAUUCAUGGAAGCAAACGAAAAGCCGCCUAUUUUAAA